AUGUUGAAGUAUCUUCUCAUCAUUUCCGUUGUUACGAUGGGAGUUGUGUCGGGAAUCGGGAAAGCGGAGUGGAAAUUGGAGGGUUUGCAUAAAGUUAGGAAACCUAAUCGGGAGAGGGAGGAUGUAUCGGAAUCUGAUGGUGUGUGGGAAUCUGAUUCCAUUGCUUCUAGGGUUGCUUGUGAAGCUUCAAUCAAGGGUUCUAAUUCCAAUGUUAUGGAUGAAGUGACCAAGGAUUUUCCUCCGAUCAUUCAUGAGGAUUCUACUCCUUCACGUAACACUGCAAACUUAUCUAAGAAUUGGAAAAUUCCGAACGAUGCAGUUGUGAGUUCUAGCCCUAAUUCUGAUUUGAAUCAAGUGAAGAGUCAUAUGAAUAAUAUUAGUUUAUGGGCAUGA